UAUCAACGAGAUUAGUGUUAUAAACGUGUUGAACGUAAAAUAAGAAUGAUUCUCCAAAAGUUACUUUUUGUUUUCUAUACUUCAUCACUCUUCUGGAAAAAUAAUUUGUGCGCUGAUAACCGUAAAUUUCCUUCCGACUUCAAAUUUGGUGUCGCCACAGCCUCGUACCAGGUUGAAGGCGCUUGGAACGCUGAUGGCAAAGGCGAGAACAUCUGGGACCACCUAACACACUCCCAACCACACUUAGUCAAAGACAACUCCACGGGAGAUAUCGCAUGCGACGCCUACCACAACUCCAAGGAAGACCUUGCCCUACUUGAAGACCUUGGUGUCGACUUUUACCACUUUUCCCUAUCCUGGGCCAGAAUCCUCCCCACGGGAUACACCGACGGCCCAGUCAACGAAGCAGGAGUCAAAUACUACGCAAACAUCCUCUCAGAGUUAGAAAAACGCAAAAUUGAAGCAGUCAUCACGCUGUUCCAUUGGGAUAUGCCCCAAAAGCUCCAAGACGAUUUCGGAGGACUCCUCAAUGAUACUUUCAUUGACGUUUUUGCAAGUUAUGCACAACUGGCGUUCAGGCUUUUCGGGAGUCGGGUCAAGUAUUGGAUAACGUUUAACGAGCCGUUUAUUAUGUGCCAACACGGGUUUGAAAAUGCUCGUAAAGCUCCGGCAAUUACUAAAGCGCCAGGCAUUGAUUUGUACACUUGUGGGCAUGUGGUUUUGAAAGCUCACGCCAAAACGUACCGGAUUUAUGAUAAAUUGUACCGAAAAACACAAAAGGGCAGAAUUGCAAUUGCCUUAGAUACGGACUGGUUUGAGCCUGCAAGUGCCGAUCCGAAAGACUUGGAAGCGGCCGAGAGGUUUCUUCAAUUCCAGUUUGGUUGGUUUGCCCACCCUCUUGUCUUUGGGAAUUAUCCCCAAGUGAUGAUUGAUCGAAUUGAAGAACGAAGCAAAAAGGAAGGUUUCAAAACGUCGCGUUUGCCAGAAUUUACAAAAAAGGAAAUUGACGAAAUUAAAGGAACCUUCGAUUUUAUCGGUUUGAAUCAUUACACCUCCACCUUAGCUAAAUGGAGAGAAGAUAUAGCAAUUGGUAAGCCCGAGUCAUCGAAAGAUCUUUCAGUCAGUGUAUCCAAAGAUUCAAGCUGGGAGGGUUCAGCGUCAAGUUGGUUGAAAGUUGUUCCAUGGGGGCUUCGGAAAAUUGCAAAAUGGAUUAAAGACACCUACAAGAAUCCCGAAAUAAUGAUCGCGGAGAAUGGAUAUUCUGACCCUGGUGGUAUUCUUAAUGAUUCUCGUCGAAUCAACUACUACCGAGAAUACUUGAGUAAUGUUUUGAAAGCGAUUUACGACGAUGGUGUCAACAUUACCGCAUACACAGCAUGGAGCUUUAUGGAUAAUUUCGAGUGGUUAGAGGGCUAUACUCAGAAGUUUGGCCUCUACUCUGUCAAUUUCUCCGACCCCGAGCGUCCCCGCACCCCAAAAUCCUCGGUUAAUUUUUACAAAAACGUUAUAAGAACAAGAUGUCUUGUAGACCGGUGUUUGUAAUAAAAUUUCUCCACAUUU